AUGGAGAAGUUUCCAGUAGAAGAUGAACAAUUCUCUGUUGGAUCAGCUGUUGUGGAGAAGAUUUCGGUAGAAGGGCAACGCAACGUGUUGGUGACGAGUGCGCUCCCUUACGUGAACAACGUACCUCAUUUAGGAAACAUUGUAGGUUUAGUCCUAAGCGCUAGGGCCAUAUUGAGCGCUAAUAUAUUUGCUAGGUUUUGUCGUCUUAGGGGCUACAACGUCCUCUUCAUCGGCGGUUACGAUAAGUAUGGUACAACCAGUGAGGUUCGGGCUGCUUCCGAGAAUCUCACACCCCGCGAGAUCCGCGGCAAGUACCAUCCCUUACAUAAGGAGAUUUAUCAGUGGUUCGACAUUAGCUUUGGUCAUUUUGGCCGAACAUCUUCCUCAGAACACACUGCCGUUUCUCAGCAGAUCCUCAAUUCACUCUUUCAUAAUAAUCUCUUGAUGGACCAUACAAUUCAACAAUUGUAUUGUGAAAAUUGCUUAAAAUUCUUGGCGGAUAGUCUAGUUGAAGGUCUAUGUCCUGAGUGUCGUGUGUCUUGUAAAGGCGAUCAAUGUGAGGAAUGCAAUGCAUAUUUCAAUGCUCGAGAUUUAUUAAACCCUGUAUGCAAGAUAUGUCAGAAUUCCAGCUUGACACUCCGUUCCACAGACCAUCUGUUUUUAAACCUAGGUUCUCUGCAACCCAACCUGCGUGCCCUUUCUGAAAGAUUUACCUUUUCAAAUCAACUGGCGAAGAAAAUUACUGAGAAACUUGUCGGUAAAGAAAACAAAAUCCCUCCGAAGUGCAUUACUCGUGAUCUUAAAUGGGGAGUUCCCGUUCCUAUUGAAAAAUUUAAAGACAAGGUGAUGUAUGUGUGGUUUGAUGCUCCUCUUGGUUAUUUGUCUAUCACAAAGUGUCACACAUCUAAGUGGGAAUUGUGGUGGAAAAAUCCACAUAAUGUGGAGCUACACCUUUUCAUGGGAAAAGACAAUGUUCCUUUUUAUUCGGUUCAUUUCCCUCCAUACUUGAUUGGCACCGGGGAAAGUUGGACCCUUCCUCAUUCAAUACAUGCUACUCAUUUUCUGUUAUACAAAGCAGGAAAAUUUUCCAAGAUCAGGGGUAUUGGUGUUUUUGGUGAUGAAGUGAAAGACACGAAUAUACCUGUAGAAGUAUAUAGAUAUUAUACUACUGAUAUAUUACAUUUUCAGUCAUCCGACUCAAAUUUUUCUUGGGACGAUUUGCAAGUAAAACUUAAUGGCGAGCUUGCUGAUAAUUUGGGCAAUUUCAUGAAUCGUGUCAUCUCUUUUAUCGCCAAACCCCCCUGGUAA